UAUGGCAGCUCAGCAAGCCACUCCUGGCAGCCAGUCAGAGGAGAGCAGUACUUGGGAGCUGCCAUCGGCUUGUGACAUAAGAGAUUACAUGCUGCGUGAACACAGCCAGGAGGCUCACAGCGAGAAUGUUAGUUCUGUAGAAGCCCUUUCCAUUCCUUCUUCUUCUGAGGUGGAUCCAGGUUUCUCUAAUAUACAAAACAGUAUCUGCCUCAUGUCUUGCCAUCCUGCCAAAGCUAAAAACAUACAUGAAUCAGAAAUGGAUUGUUUUGAUCCCAACAUUGGCAGCUCGGCAACAGAAGAACACACUAGCAUUCAAGUUCAAACUCCUCUGAAGAAGACGGCUGAGUAG